AUUAAAAGUCGAACAAGAGCCGUGAAAUUAAUUAGAAAGAAAAUAAAGGAUAAGUGUAAAAGAUAUACCAACAAUGAGUUUUACACACAAAUCAGUGAUAGUCACAGGGGCUAGCUCCGGCAUUGGAGCUACCACAGCCAUAUUAUUUGCUAAACAAGGAGCCAGUGUAGUCAUGGUAGGAAGAAAUGAAACCAAAUUAAAUGCUGUAGCCGCAAAACUUCCAAAGAAUGCCAAAUCAUUGAUCCUUAAAGCAGAUGUCACUACAGAUGCAAAGAAAAUCAUCGAUGAAACUGUGAAUAAAUUUGGCAAAAUUGAUGUACUGGUCAACAAUGCAGGGUUUGCUAAAUAUGGAUCUCUUACUGAUGGGAAAUUCUUGGAAGCCUAUGACGCUGUAAUGAGAACAAACGUGAGAGCUGUAGCUGAACUUACUAUGUUAGCUCUUCCGUAUCUCACGAAGACUAAAGGGAAUAUCAUCAAUAUAUCAAGUGUUGCAGCUAUUGUUUUGCCUUUUGAUACGAGGAAUCUAAGUUAUAAUGUUUCCAAGGCUGCUUUGGAUCAUUUUACUAGAGGAGCAGCGUUGGAAUUCGCUCCGAAAGGUAUCAGAGUCAACAGUGUCAACCCUGGACCGGUAUCAACAGACUUCUUAGAAAACAUGGGUGCUGACAUAAGCUUCGAUGAUUUGAAGACGUUAACUCCUCUGAAGAGAAUCAGUGCUCCCGAAGAGAUUGCCGAAUUGAUUAUGUACCUUGCUAGUGAUAAAGCUCUGGGAAUUACUGGUUCGAUUAUGGUUGUUGAUAAUGGGCGUCUUCUGAAACCCUAAAGCGGCUAACACACGGGCACGGUACAAACUGUAAAGUAAUUAUCGCACGGUGCCCUUGUGCCUUGUGAAAAACCACAAUUAAGUUGGUUAUCCACCGGCGAGGCGAGACGAGAAUUGAAAUUUGUAUGACAAAAUUUCAAAUCUCUCCUAGCCCAUCUUCGGUGGAAAUGGUCUAGAUUGACGAAGAUGGACGAGGCGAGAAUUGAAAUAUUUUUUACGUUUUUCUCGCUCGCGAUAGCCAUUAAUAUAAAUUGCGAGAUUGUGUGGUAUGUACGAUCUGAGAUUUAAAAAGAGAUGGUUACAUCUGAUACUUCUACCGUUGACGUAUUUAACAAUAAUAAUUUACGGGAUACUAUUCAUGCAAUUUCAGCCACGAUUUUACACCUAGAUGAUGAACUGAACAGCACUGAAUCUUCACUAUCCAGAACCACAGUCCGAGCUCGCGAUGUCUAUUAAUGGCAAUUUUCGAUGGAAAUAGGCCGGCGAGAUUUAAAUUCUCGUCUCUCCUCAUUUUAUCUCGCAUCGUCGAUGGAAAAACCUUUAUGUUAUUCAUUUAACAAUAAUACUAGAUAUCAAUGAAAAGACUGACAAAGUGGUCAGAUUGCAAUCAACUUCAAUAUUUAACGUUAAAAGUCAACCCCACAAGUUUAAUCCAUUCAUUUGUUUAAGUGCUUAGGUCGUGGUGAUUUGAAGUUCUUAGUGGCAGCAACUGUUAUGGAUAAGCGUAUCGUUGACCACCACGUAUGCGACUUGUUAAUUCUGUCAUUAUACCAUAAAAAACAAUAUUAUAAUUUCAGGAAGUAAAGGCAACGUCUCAGUCUUUAUAAUUAGAGGAUUGUGUUUUUUUAAUUAUAUUAAUUCUUCUUUGUUAUUUGAUGUUAAUUAUAUUGUAUUAUUAAAUGUUUUUAAAGCA